CACAGCGGUCAUUUGGAUUACAGCUGGAAUUGCAGCACUCUGUGGGAACAGCUGUUGCACCUCGGGCCACUAAUUCAGCACUCGACGAUAAUGUCAUGAAAACGUUUCUGUUAUUCGUUACAAUGGUCAUCCGAUCUCAUAAUUAGGAUAUUAUACAUGAUGUGAUCUGAUCUGAUAUCUGAUGACAACAGGCAAUAACGAUUAUCCCGUAAACCCUACGGUUUCCAUGGAAUCUGCAUUUUCUCUGAGGGCUUUGAGGGUUUUCUCAGGUCUGAAGGAGAUCAGCGCGUCGACGACACAGCGUCAGUUCCCCACCUGCUCGCUCUCGUCAAGAGUGCGCAAACGGUAUUAAAGUGUCCGAUCGGAAAAACGAUUAGCGAAAGGAAGAAGACGACGACGACAUCUCCGUCACGUGAGACAAACCACAACGUGAACAGAAUGGAAGGACAAGACAGAAGGUUAUGCUAGGUGAUCAUGUAGUCUCUUGGACGAUCAUGAAAGAUUCCAAAACAACUUUAACUACACAUCCCAGAGUGCUCUGCUUCGACAACGACCCUUCCGCUGUAAACAGGAAGUUGAGCUUCUACGACGGAAAUAUGAAGCGGGUGACUCGUCGGGUUUGCGAUGACGGCCCGGUUCCGGAGGAGCAGGAGACGGAGGGACAGAGGCAGCUGCACAACCUGCUGCUCCAACAGCUCGAUACAGACGUCGACAUCGACCGCUGUGUAGCCAAGAAGAAAUGCUUCGCCCCGGCUGCGCUGUACAAGCCGUUCGGCGAGCAGGCGGCAGGGGUGCGCAGUCUGGCCCAGUUCCAGGCGCUGCAGGACGGAGAGAAGGAACUGGCCGACCUCAGAGAGCUGGGCCUCACUGACUCCGAGAUCGAGCUGUGGAGGAACAGAGAUGUGCAAGGCGGCGGCGGGAAGAAUCGUGGAGUGAGCGUCGCUCCUGAAGCACGGGACGAGCGCCUGCAGGUCAUUUGGGACAAGAUGGCGGCGAGGGCGGAGUUAUUGUCCCGUCCGCAGCGCUUCUCGGGCAGCCGGGCCCUCACACGGAGAGAGAUGGAGAUCGAGAAGGCUCUGUUCCACGGCAGUGACCGCUCCAGCUUCCUUACUGCCCUCUACCAUCAAGAGCGAGAUUCACAGAAUGACCAGCAGGAGGCGAACUUUUCGAACCCAAUGGAUUCAUUAUACAGAGAGUUUCUCAAAGAUCAACAGAGAGACUCUGAGAGCGUCACACACUCAUCCCAGACAGAUCCUGAUCACAGCCAAGCACCACGUCCGGAUCCGGACUCUGAUCGGUCGCAUGCUCUCGAUGACUGUAACGGCCAAUCGUCGAAAAGCAACCAAUCCACUCCAACUGUCGGUGCGACGCAGUCUCCGCGUCCAGAAUCAUCAUCAUCAUCGUCAUCGUCAUCAUCUGUUCCACAGAAACUGACGGUUAACCAACCCAUCGGACGCGUGACCUCUCGUCAGGGCCGGAGCAGCCCGGUGACCGUCAGCGGUAAAGUAGAGGAGAUUUCAGAUGAGGAGAUCAGGAAUAAUCGGGAGACGGAGGAUGGCAUAAGGAGAAUUUCGCGCUUUCAGGACUAUCAGCGUGGAGAGCCAUCGAAUGUGCUGUGUGUGAAGAACAUGAGUCCUCGGGCCUCUCUGGCCCAGCUGGUGGCGCUGUUCUCCCGCUUUCAGAAGGACGACACAAAUCCAAUCGUGUAUCGCCUCCUGACGGGAAGACUGAAGGGCCAAGCGUUCAUCACGCUCUCUGAUAUCGAGACUGCACAAGCAGCGUUGGACACGGUGAAUGGGUACAGGUUGCAGGACAAGCCUCUAGUCAUCGAGUUUGCCCGAGAGAGGAGACGCGCAAAGCCCGAGGACAACUCUUCAGAAAUUCACAGCACGACUACAGCGCAAGAGGAUGUGAAGAACUGCUCGUCGUAGUGAAAUGAUGUGCCUGUAAUUACAAAGUACUUUAAAUAGUAUUUACGUGAAGAAUAAAACACAACCGGGUGUGCUGUUAUGAGGAUAA